UCAGAAUUAGAAGAUUAGUGUCGUCUGCUAUCAAUUUGUAAGUUUUCUCCUUUCAAAAAAGAAGUGAAGAGAAGUUAUCAGUGAAUGAUAAUGAUAACUAUGGUGAACCAAACGAUAAUUUUUUGGGAAACUUUGCUGCACGAAACACAGCACAAGAAAUUUCAAAAAUAUAAUCAUCGUGUGAACUCUGGUCACGGCUCUUUAUAGAGUGGCUUGAUGGUUGAUGCACACUCCACACACUCCAUGCUUUUUAGCAGAUUUGUGAAAUGUUAGUUCCCUGACUAGCAUUUACCAUGCAUAAGCCCCCUGUCGAUGCAUUGCUGUUUCUUUGCACCAGUUUGCACUAUGUAACCUGUUCCUUUGUGCAGAUUGCAGCCAUCAUAACAACAAGGUAUGCCAGCUUUGCUACCUGUCAUCACCAGCAAUCUAAGUCUCAUCAUUGCUUGGAUAAACAGCAUCCCGUUUGAUUGGAGAAACCACCAAUGUCGGUCGAGUUACGGAUCUCCUCUUCCCCUUUGUUUAAAUGUCCACACCCAUGCGAGUGUGGGGGUAUUUACGAGGACACCCUUUUCCCUAUUCCACCUAUCCGGAUUCAACUUUUCUGCGGAUGGAGCACUUGUGGUUUGUGGAUGCCUGGCCGUAUUUCCCAGGCAUAAAGUUAGCCGUCGAUUCUGAAGACAAUGAAAGUCAACUACACAUGUCUUUUAUUGAUUUAAAAUCACAAGAUAAAUGGAAAUCGUGUUGCAAGGCCGCUGUGGAUUGCUGCUACCAAAUGCUUGGAUUUACGGAAUCAAGCGACGUUGCUAAUCAGAAUCAAAAUAUUAAUUUACUGGAUCGACAAAUGCACUCUGCAGCAAACGAAACUUCAUCAAAGUCGAAGUAUUGUCCCCCUACAUGGGAUGGUUGGACGUGUUGGCCACAAACCAGUCCGAAUCAAGUGGCUCUUGCUCAGUGCCCCCAUUUCAUCUAUUUUGAAACUGAGCCCCCAGCAUGUGCACGUAACGCCGAAAAGGUAUGCACGCUUGACGGGACAUGGUAUCGACGUGGAGAAACAGGUGCCUCUACAGAAAAAACGAAUUAUAGUCCUUGCAGUCCUGUCGGCACGUUAAAACAACGGGCACAUGUACACCUAUAUGCAUAUGCUGUCUCAGUUGCCACGCUUCUGCCCGCUAUUUUCAUCUUCUACUCCUACAAGCAGCUAAAUGUUUAUCGGAUACGGCUACAUAAGAACAUGUUCAUUUCCAUUUUACUGAACUCCAUACUCGUAAUAGUUUUCAAAGUUUUCAUGAUUUUACCACAAAUUGCGACUUCAGGCAAAAAAGAUUCUUACAUAAACCAGAAUGCACUGGUUUGUCGUCUGAUGUUAAUCACCGUGAAAUACCUGCGAUUAACUAAUUACGCGUGGAUGUUUUGUGAGGGCUUCUAUCUUCAUCGAUUAAUCGCUGCCGCAUUUGCUGAACAAAGCUGUUUCUCCGUCUUUUACGUUAUUGGCUGGGUUCUUCCGCUGUUCCCAAUUGGAAUCUAUGCCAUCAUACGUUCAAUAUGGUAUGACAGCCGCUGUUGGAUAGAACCGAUUGAAGCAUGGGAAUGGGUAUUGAACACACCCUGCCUAUUUUCUUUAGUGGUGAAUCUGAUUUUCUUAGUAAAUAUUAUUCGCAUAUUAGUAAUGAAACUAAGAUCCACAAAUACCGCUGAACCGAGCCAAUACAGGAAAGCAGUUCGAGCUACUCUGGUCUUAGUUCCCCUGUUUGGCCUUCAUUUUGUCGUGACCAUCUAUCGCCCGUCAAAAGAUGGUUGCGAUUGGAUAGAAUUUUAUCAUUAUGCGAACGCCUUACUCGACGGAUUACAAGGAUUCUUGGUUGCCAUCAUAUUUUGUUAUGGGAACGGCGAAGUUCACUACUUGUUGAAACGAUCUUACAGACGCUUUAAGGAACAGCGUUGUCUUAGAACAACCAGAAACAAUAGACGAAGAAGAACUGAACGGGGGCAAGAAGAAGAAGAGGGAGGGGCGGAAGGCAUUGGGUGCUCAGUUUUUCUUGGUCGGAGCAACUUUUCAACAACACACUUUUCUUUGGCAGAUUGCUCUCCCAAUCCACAUCAAAAACCACUAAUGACUACUAGUGGACGAAGCUCUGUAUCGGACGAAAGACAUUUCUUGAAUGAGGGAGAUUCUACGGUUAAUGUUGUCAGAAACAUAUUACCAGAACCUAGUGGGCAUGACAGCCUGUUAAAUUCGCACUUAAAAGCGUACAAUAGACAGGAAAUGUAUAAAUUGAAUUUGAGGAAUCCCCAUAUUAGGGAAACUUGCCUCGAUAAUGACAACUAACAACGGUCAUUCACAAAUUACCCUUUCAAUUUGGAUUUCCUGAUUUAACUUUUAAUCCAUAAUAAAAGAAGCUACCAACAAGAUUCGAAUUCAAAACUAAUUGACAUACCGAAAUAACCAACUUUGUCAAGUUUUACCGACUCUGCAAAAUCGUCAGUUGCGAGGCUUCGUUUGCUGUCAUAUAGUUUAGUGUUUUAUAAAUGGGUUAAAUGAUUUAAAAUUAACGUGUAAUUAUUCCCCUGCACAAUUUCAUGAAUGCGGCUUCUUGGGAAUUCUAUAUUAUUUAUUUACUGUGAAUAUUCAUAUUUUAUUUCAUUGUUUUUGUAACCAAUUCAUUAGUUCAGACAAAAAAGAUGUUAUUCCCAUUAACGUGUAGUAAACGGAAAAGUAGCUCGUGUUAAAC